AUGUACUUUACUAAUAGAUUUGGCUCUUUCAAAGAAGAAUGCGAACACUAUGCUGAAGAAGUGCAAAAACUAGCUUACAAAUUGUUGGAACUCAUAUCUCUAAGCUUAGGCCUGCUAGCUAAUCGUCUGAAUGGAUUCUUCAAAGACCAUCCCAGCUUCAUCCAACUCAACCACUAUCCAGCUUGUCCCGUUCCUCACCUUGCUCUUGGGGUUGGCCGACACAAGGAUGUCGUUGCCCUAGCCAUCCUUGCUCAAGACGAUGAUGGAGGACUCGAAGUUUGGAGCAAUGAUAGGUAUGAAAGUGUGGAGCAUAAUGCAGUAGUGAAUUUUGAGAAAGGCAGGAUCUCCAUGCCAUUCUUCUUCAACCCUGCUCACUACACCAUUGUGGAACCUUUGGAAGAGCUGAUAGAUGAUCAAAACCCUGCAAAGUAUAAGCCAUAUAACUGGGGGAAGUAUUUCGCAAACCGAAAACACAGUAAUUUCCAGAAGCUUGAUGUUGAAAAUAUUCAAAUCUAUAAUUUCAAGCUCUCAAAGAAAUAUGGUUAA